CAGAUUCUGCGCAUUAUACAAAGGAUGUGAUUUGACAUUUGUAAACUGCUUGUCAUUUACCCAAAUAUUUCCAUACCAUCCAGGACAUAUUGAUUAUUUUUGCAAUAACAACAAAUCGCCAAAAUUAUACAUAUUAAAUUGAAUAAAUCCACAAACAAAAAAUAAAUAUUAAAUUAAUGCAUUUAAGAUCGUUCGGUUUUCUAUUCCAUGUACAUAAACUACAUCAUACUGUUUUAAAGAUUUUAUUACAAAGCUAUUGAAUGCUUAUUGAAUCCUAUCGUGAUUACAUUGUUGACUUAGUGACACAGUGCAGCAUGAAGCGUCAAAAUGUUAGGACGCUUUCAUUGGUGGUUUGCACAUUUACCUAUUUACUAAUUGGUGCUGCCGUAUUUGAUAGUUUGGAAUCAGAUUUUGAAUCGAAACGUUGGGAUUUUCUGCAAGCCGUCAAAAAUAACUUUGUAAAGAAAUACAAUGUAUCCAAUGAGGAUUUUCGUAUGAUGGAAUUUGUCAUAAUUGAAAAUAAACCACACAAGGCUGGACCACAAUGGAAAUUUGCCGGAGCAUUCUAUUUUGCUACUGUCGUAUUGGCAAUGAUUGGUUAUGGUCAUUCGACUCCGGUGACAAUGGGUGGGAAAGCAUUUUGUAUGGCAUAUGCAAUGGUUGGCAUUCCUCUGGGUUUAGUUAUGUUCCAAUCGAUUGGUGAACGUUUAAAUAAAUUUGCAUCAGUUAUUAUUAGAAAAGCAAAGCGUUAUAUGCAAUGUUCACAUACCGAAGCUACGGAAAUGAAUCUGAUGUUGGCUACAGGCAUGUUGUCUUCGAUAAUAAUUACAACAGGCGCAGCUGUAUUUUCACGAUAUGAAGGCUGGAGUUAUUUCGAUAGCUUCUACUAUUGCUUUGUCACUCUGACAACAAUAGGUUUUGGCGAUUAUGUGGCACUACAAAACGAUCAGGCCUUAAUGAAUAAACCCGGCUAUGUGGCUUUGAGUUUGGUGUUCAUAUUAUUUGGUUUGGCGGUUGUAGCUGCUAGCAUCAAUUUAUUGGUCUUACGUUUUAUGACAAUGCAAGCGGAAGAUGCCAAAAGAGAUGAACAGGAUGCCCAGAAUCAAAUUGCUGCCAAUCAACCGGUUACUUUCGACACUGAGCACAGCUAUAAUAUGCAUGGCAAACUUUUAAAUAGUUCCAAUUAUAUGACCGAAUUUGAGGAAACCGCUUCGAUUUGCUCAUGUACUUGCUUGGGUGGUACUCGCUGUAUGAAUCAUGAAACAUUUGCUGAUCCCGAUUUUCGACCCACCGACAUUAUUGCCAGCACCAUUAGUCUAAAGCGAGCUUCAGUUUGAUAUCAAUCUUUGCCUGACUUGGCUGAAUGUGAAUGUUAUCGUACGUCAUCCCAUUGUUAUUUGAAUUGUUGUGCCAAAAAUGAAACUUCCAAAUCAUCUGAAUGUAUUGGUUAUAGGAUUUUGAAAUAUUCUUCCGAUAGUCCCUGCUGUAGUACACCAUAAGUAAAAAAAAAGGAAUUACGAAACAAAAACUAUAAUAAAUUAAAACCCACUUUCAGAUAUUUAUUGUAUUCUUCCAUAUACAAAAUAUGUAAUGUAUUUAAAAUUGAAAUUAAUAAAACAAAGAACAUUAUUAUAAUUAUUCGUUAAAUAAAAGAGAGUUUCGAUUAA